AGCAAAAGACUGGGUGGAGGAGAGGGAGAUGCAGAGGAGGUCAAGUCUCACGUGUUCUUCGAGUCCAUCAACUGGGACGAUGUCUACAACAAGAAGAUCACUCCUCCUUUAGUCCCCUUCAUCUUGUCACAGACAAGUACAGACUACUUUGAGGAGGAGUUUACUGCUGAAAACCCACAGUUAACCCCUCCAGAUGAGAGCCCUCUCAAGGAUUAUGGUGAACUUUUCAAAGAUUUUGACUCUGUAGCAAGUGAUUGGUAGCCACACUGUGUAUGGAUUGUACUAUACAAAAGUCCAAGGGCAAAGCAAGCCAACUACCUCGCUGUUUGGCCAUCGGGCUUAAAAUUUAUGUGCUAAAAGUUAGUC